CAAUGGAUAUUUUUCUCGAGAAUUAUAACUACGAAAAUAGCAAACAAUGGCUAAUAGAUUAUGAAAGUUUAUUGUUAAAAUGUGUUUUUGUUUAUAUUGUGACAAUAUUUUCUUUGAAAUUUGUUAUGGCAAAUCGAAAGCCUUUUGAUCUUCAGAUGCCAUUAAUUAUUUGGAAUGGUCUUUUGGCAGUAUUUUCUAUUGCCGGAUUUGUAAGAAUUACCCCAACGUUUAUCAGUACAAUCGUGAACAAAGGAAUUACACAUACAUACACUGAGAUUGGUGAACUUCAAAAAGAUCCAAUAGCCGGCUACUGGGCCUUUGCUUGGUGUGUCUCUAAAAUCCCAGAACUUAUUGACACCCUUUUUGUUGUGUUACGAAAAAGGCCACUUAUGUUUAUGCAUUGGUAUCAUCACGCGCUGACGGGCUAUUUUGCUUUUGUUACCUUUUAUGAAGAAAAUGCUUAUAUGUGUACUCUUAUUAUUGUGCUCGUGCAAUACGCUUUCGUGUACCACCACAACUUGCUCAACUACUUACUUUUGCACAAAUUUGCCAAUUUAUGAUA